AUGGCGGAAUUGCAGCAGCUGCAGGUGCAGGAGAUGGUAGACUCUAUGGUGAAGGGUCUGAAGAGAGAAAACUUCCAGAAGAUGCAAAGUCUCUUGUUACAGUGCAGUGCCAGCUGUGGUGAGGACAGCCAGGUAUCCAUGCAGCAGGUGCAUCAGUGCAUCAAGCACUGCCAUGUGCCUCUGGCUCAAGCCCAGAUCUUGGUCACCAGUAAGUUGGAGAAGUUCCAGGACCACCUGGCCUGUUGCACUACGUAUUGCAAUAACAAAGCCAAAGAUUCAAUAGAUGCUGGGACUAAGGAGCUUCAGGUGAAGCAGCAGCUGAACUGUUGUGCGACCAAGUGCGUAGAUGACCACUUGCACCUCAUCCCAACCAUGACGAAGAAGAUGAAGGAGACUCUUUUAUCCAUUGGGGAAUAA